UACAUCCGGAACUAUAUGAGCGUACUCGCAUUUCCGCCCGGCAUUAUUUUGCACUUGGACACAUACACUCACCCCGCUGCUGACAGCUGGAAGCGGGUUUUCUUACAUGUAGUUUAUAAUUUAACUACAUAUCACAAUGAAAAGAGUGAACAUGGCGGAUUGUAAAGAGUUGAAGCUGGACUUUACUCUGAAAGAACUGAGUCUUUCCGACCCCACGGAGGACGCGGUGCCCGGCAGCUCGUCCAGCGUGGAGCUGCGGGACAACAGGCUGGUGUGUGUGGAGUAUCCGGCGCUGGUGGCCAAUGUGGACAAGAUGCUGGAGACUCUCGGGGGAGAAAAAGCGGUUACUAAAACGUUCGCUCACCCCAACAGGCGUCUUGAGAUGCGUUACCGACCUCAAGACCCGUUCUGUCACUCCCUGUGUGGAAACCGCUUCCCAUCGAGCAACCUCGUCCUCAGAGUGCGGCGACGGGUGAGAAAGAAGGACCCCAAGGACGUUGAGAUCCACAUGGACAUACUCGGAGUCAUAGGAACAACAUACAAAUUCCAAGGGAUGGCUGAUUUCCAGUACCUCGCUAUGCAUUCAGAAGGGGGAAAAGAAACUUCUUUGUACAACAAAAUCAUCCUCCGUAAAUUAGAGAAUCAAGAGUUCUUUGAGCAGCCUGUGCCGCUCUUCCUUCCCCCGGCCAGCUUCUCCCGCCUCGACAGCCCUGUGGAUUAUUAUUACCGGCCUGACAUCUAUCAAAAGUCACUCACGGGGCCAUUCAAAAACAACAGCAACUUUAUUGGUUUGAAUCGAGCUCGCCGCCCCCACAAUGCCAUCUUUGUCAGCUUCGCUGAUGCCACUGUGCCCACCGAGUGCCUCGAGGCCGCCAAGGCCAACUGGCAACGAAUCUGCGUGAAGGACGGCGACAAGCAGGCUGAAGAACGACUGAAACAGAUGUUUGAGAGCCGGCCCAUCUGGUCCCGGAACGCGGUCAAGGCCAACAUCAACAUCCACCCUGAUAAACUGAAGCUGCUGCUGCCCGUCUUCGCCUACUACAUGGUGACGGGGCCGUGGAGAAGUCUGUGGGUGAAGCUGGGCUACGACCCCAGGAAGAACAGAGAGUCCAGGAGAUACCAGCUGCUGGACUUCAGGAUCCGCUGCAGCACCAAGCACGGCUAUUCAUUGUCUGACAUGCCAGUAAAAGCCAAGAGGAGCGCCCUGAACUACAGUCUGCCGAUCACAUUCAACAAAGCAGGUCCACAAGCAGCCAGUGUGAUGGAGCUGCCAGUUCAGGAGGGUCCAAGCACCAGUCGAGAUCCAGCCCCAGUCACUCACCAGCUGAAGGAGUCCUCCUAUAUUUUCAAAGAGGGCAUGCUGCCUCCUCACAGACAGAUGUUUUACCAGCUCUGUGAUCUGGACGUGGAAAGUGUCAAAAAGGUUCUUGAGCAGAUGGGCGAUAACGAGCAGGCGUGUGACGAGCGGGACGGCUGGUGUGUCCUCGGCACCAAAGACAAGCUGAGGGACAUGAUCUCCGCCAUGAUCAAGAAGGUCAUCCGAGCCCAGAAACCAUCGUCGCCUGAAUUCCCCAAGAAACGCAGACGCAGAGGCCUACUGAGAAAACCACCGAGAGAGUCGGACUCAGACGAAGAGCCGCAGGACGACGACAACAAAGAUGAAGACGACGAAGAUGAGGAGGACGAGUUUCAGCCGUCGGAGGGCAGUGAAAACGAGAUGGAGACGGAAAUUCUGGAGUACAUGUAAAAUUAAAAGAGAGAAUCGUUCUUAUGACGUUGAUCUUGACUGUUAAUAUUCUACUUCAUUACUAAUUUCUGUUGAAGGUGAUAUGUUUGCAUUAUUUUUGAGUUAAUGUAAAUAAAAGUAUUUCUAGUUUUUUUUGUAACAACAGUAUUGUUUUUGUAAUUAUGUUUUGGCAAAUACAGUAAAAUGUGUUUG